GAGAGAGAGAGCAGUGUUGAAACAGGGACUUCCCUGAGCCUCCAUCAUCUGCAGGGAGGGAAAAAACACUCACACACACACAGCCUCCCACAUACACACACACACGCACACUGUGCUGAGAGCUAGCAAGGGGCUUUAAACUGCUUCACACUAAACAGAGACAAAGGGACUGUAACCUGCCACGAUGGAGGAAAACAUGGAUGAAUCGCAAAGCCAGAAAGGCUGUAAGGAGUGCUGUGAGCGAUGCGUGGGCAGUCUGCCCUGGGCCUCGCUCAUCGCCACCAUCCUCCUCUACAUGGGCGUGGCCUUGUUCUGCGGGUGUGGCCACGAGGCUUUGAGCGGCACCGUCACCAUCCUCCAGAACUACUUCGAGGUCAUCAGGGCCCCUGGAGAAACACUGGAUGUGUUCACCAUUAUUGACAUCUUGAAGUACAUCAUCUACGGCCUUGCAGCUGGAUUCUUUGUGUUUGGAGUGCUGUUGCUGGUGGAGGGCUUUUUCACCACCGGUGCUAUCAGGGAUCUCUAUGGAGAGUUCAAGAUCACCGCCUGCGGACGCUGCCUGACUGCAUUCCUCAUGUUCCUGGCCUACCUGUUCUUCCUGGUGUGGCUCGGAGUGACAGCGUUCACCAGCCUGCCGGUCUUCAUGUACUUCAACGUUUGGUCCAUGUGUCAGAACACCAGCUUGGUGGAGGGAGCCAACCUCUGCCUGGACCUGCGUCAGUUUGGAGCCGUGACCAUAUCUGAGGAGAGGAAGGUGUGCACAGGAUCUGAGAAGUUCUUGAAGAUGUGUGACUCCAAUGAGCUGGAUCUGACCUUCCAUCUGUUCGUGUGCGCACUGGCAGGAGCAGGAGCUGCUGUCAUCGCUAUGGUCCACUUCCUGAUGGCUCUCGCUGCUAACUGGGGCUACCUGAAGGACGCCAGCCGGAUGCAGAAGUACGAGGACAUCAAGUCGAAGGAGGAGCAGGAGCUGCAUGACAUCCACUCUACACGCUCCAAAGAACGCCUCAAUGCCUACACAUAAACACACACCUACAAGAAGCGGCACACACAUACACACACACACACAUACACACUUACCUGUCAGACACACACGAGAUGAUACAUGCAUGCGCAAACACACACUCACACACAUACACAGGGAUCUGACCCGACUUUAAGGAUAUCAGAAACACACACAAGUGAAAAAUCAACAGGAACAUUGAAAGACACAAACACACGAGUAGGCAGGAACGAGUUCGAACGAAACAAUGAGAACACAGACACCAUCGUCGUCCUCGUAUCCGCAGCAGGUCAUUGGCUCAGGUGGUCUAUGCCUAUAAACACUUCAGCGUCCGCUACAUUACAUGCUUACUUUUUUUUAACUUUUGAAACCAAACGUCUGCUUUAGAGUGAGAGGAAGCCUUCAGCUUUACACCACCUUUAGAGAGAUCAGCAAGCAGAGAGCGCUGUCCUCAUGACAGGAUGACGGUGUACUGCUAAAACUCCCUGAUUAGAAGCUAAGCACAUACAUUUAGCUACUUCUAAACUCUCCAUCCCGCUUCAAACCCCCAAAGUAGAGCAGAGUGUGAAUGUGCAGAACAAUCAACGACGACUGGACAAAAAAAAAAAAAAAAAAAAAAAAAAAAAAAAAAAACCCAGAAAGAAGCAAAAAUGGACCAAAAACCAUGGACAAAAUGAGUAGAGUGAGAUAGCACAAGAAACAUACAGGAUAAUAAAGAAAUACCAAAAAGACAAAUAAUGAACAGAAGAAUCCAAAGAAAUGUCACAUUUGAAUUUGCAUGUUUGUGGCCCGCUUUAAGGAUUGAAUUAUGAAUGGAUGAAUUAUUGAAUUAGGUUGCCUAUGUUCUGGCUGGCUGUUCGUCUUUUCUUUAUUCUUCAGUUUUACUGGCUCAUCAUCUCUCUGCAGAGCUGCUCUGAGGUGUUAGCACAGCACACUAAAACCAACAAUCUGCAGCGGACAUAUGAAUGACUGUGGUGUCUAUGACCUCAUCGUUUAAUGUGGGGAGCCGUCCAACAGGACAGUGUCACUGUAUCCCCUCUCCAACAGCCUCAAUACCUGCACUACACAUAUUACAUGUGAUCCAUAAACACACACACACACAUACACAUACACAUACACAUACACAUACACAUACACAUACACACACAUACAGUUGAUGUGGCUGAAUGAUCGGUGUUGUGCAGGCAGUGUUGUACGGUGGUGUCAUGCUGUGUCGUGUCGUUUCGCCACAUUAUGAUGACUGGUGUUGCAGAGAAAUAUGGUCCCCGAGGAAAUCUGUACCCCCCUGGGUACAAAUGGGUAGCUUUGCUAACGUUUUCCUACCCAUCCCUCUCUUUUCACGUCCUUUUCCCCUCAAACCCCACUCUUCCUCUUUCUCUACUCUGUGACCUCUUCAUCUUGAGCCCAGUUUCAUUAGUUGUUUCUUGUCACAUACCGACCGGAAUGUCCCAGUGGCCGUUUGCAGGGCGGGGGAUGGACUUUUCCUGUGAAAGACAGGCUGAAAAGUUUGUUGUAAUACUAAUUGAUGUUAUAAAUUCUCUUCUUUCCCAAAUUUCCCAAAUUAUAUUUGUAAUGUAUCACACGGCGGGCUUCUUCAGGUCACGUGAACUUCCAGAAUAAAAGCACUUAAGAUGGCAGUGGGGAUUUCAAAAAGGCCAUUUAAAACAACUAGUGAAACGGGGCUUUGUGUCCGUCCCCCCUUCAUCCCCGGUUUGUAUAAACUUGUGAUUUGUCCUCAGAAACAGCACAUCUUAGCAGCACAAAGUCUUUUUAACGCGUGUCAUGUUCUCAUCAGUCUGAUAAAUAAUGUUUUUUCUCACUUUUUGGAAUUUUGCCUCAUUUUUAUCAGUAUUAUUUAUGUGUAACUUUAGCAUCAGGGGUAUUUACGUGGGGCAAGUGUGUUUUUUGGGGGCGGGUGAGGUAGGGGGGUUGUUUCACUUUCACAUUUUCAUGUAACAAUUCUGUAAUUCAGUGAUUCUGCACACACACAAAUACACACAAACACAUGCGUAUACACAAAUCAUCGUGUUUUUCUUUCGCUCCUAUCGUGACCAAAACAAGCUUUUAUUUUGUCAUCUGAAUUUGAAAAGUUACAGAUACUAAUAGUUGACCUGUCAUUGGUGACAUGGACAGAUGAUUACUGUGAAUUCUGGGUGGCCUCGUUAAAGGUUGUUAAGGCUGAACUCGUUAGUUCUGGUCUGAGCAGGAUGUGUUUCAAGAUGGAGGAUGCAUUUCCCAGAAAGAAUUUUCUUGUGAAGAACUUGAUUGAGUUUGUGAGGCACUGGAAAUGAUUGUAAAGGGAUGGAAUGAUGUAACCUGAAUUAUACUUUUAAAAAAAAGCUGCAGCGAUUGAUUUAACUUGAAACGUGUUAUUGGUUAUUGUGACCAAGGUGAAUGAUGUCCCAGCGAAUAAGCUCAUGAUUUAGUAUUGAUAUGUUUAGAGGAUGGUUUGUGGUUUUAGAGGAUGUUCCCAACUUAGACUUAUCUCUCAGGUGCUUCUAUAUUGGAUGCUGUAUUAAUUAUACUUGGGAUACAACUUUAAGUAAUCUGCUCAGAUUGGGUUUUAAAAUUAGUGAUUUUUAAGCAAGAUCAAAUAAAAUGUGAUCAUUCAUUUCAGGUUGAAAAAAGGGAGAUUUGAUGAUGAAAAUACUUUAAUAUCUGUCACCAGUGUGCAGGGCUGUUAUGUUUGUAUUAUAUGUUAAGUUAUCCAUUAGAAUUAGAGGGUUGUAAUGUGUUCUGGUUCUGGUUCUAGCUGUGAAGGAAAGUGAUGAUUCUCUAUCUGCCAGUAGAGACGAUUUCUGUGUUGAUGAUGACGAAGAUGGUGAUGAUGAUGAGGGUGGUGACAUUGGUCUUUGAGGGGUUUGAUUUGAUAAGACUACCAGCACACACACACACACACACACACACACACACACACACACACAUACACACAUGCACACACUCCACCACCGCCAUCACUCUGAGCCAUAAUUCUUUGCUCUUUUACUUUUCACCGAUGACAUUUCACUAUUUUAUUAUCAACUUUAAAACUUUGAAACUUUUUAAAUGUGAAAUCAUUUAAUUAGAAAAAAGAAAUGUUUUUUUUUUUUCCAGUUUAUUUUUUUUCUGUGUGGGCAGUAUUAAGCACUGUACCUACUAACUCUGUAUAAAGAUAUACAUAUAUGUGAAACAGCUGAGGUGAGCAGCCGGGAGAAUGAUUUCCUAUUGGUUACAGAGUCUGGAGGAGGUGGUUCAGUCCCAAUGUCCUGAGCUUUUACUCCCUAAGAGAGCUGCAUUAACACACACAUCAAAGAUUGGAGCUUUUUCAAGUCUUUUAUAAAUUAGAAAAAGAGAAAAAAAUUACACAUGUAUAAAAGAAAAAGAGACGUGUGCCACAAAUCAGUAAGUUUUGCAUCUCUGCAUGCUGAUUUUCACAUAUCAGUGGACAUAUUGGCUGAUUUAAAGGUAGUAAAACAUUUCUAAAACUAAUGCUGUGUUUGACAAUAAUUUAAAGCACACAAGAUGUUUAAAAAAAGACCUGUGUAGUCCUUUAAGAGGCAGAAAUGGUCACAAGAUGGCGCCUCAGCCUCCAAUGAAAUGUGUGUUGGUGUUUUAUUAUCAGAGCAGCGUCACAUCACAUGAAGACUCUGCGACCUCACGGCUGUCUGUUUGAUAUGUCUGUCGGUAUUAGUCAAGCAGAGCCUGGGAGGUUUUACACUUAAGCAGAGACCGGUACAGACACCAAACUGAUGUCAACAAAACAUGCAAUAACACAUUUCAUGGCUGAGCGUCCAAAAAAGGCGCCAAAGUUUGUGCUUGUCUGGGGUUUUAUCCUAAGAUUGUGUGCCAUCUGAUUUCUUCCAGGACUACAUCGGUAAACAGAGUUUGAAGCUGGUUCUUUGUGUCUUGUAAAUGCAGCUGAGUUUGACAAAGCUAACAUCAGUGUCAAUGACAGGAGACUCCACCAGACUCGUGUCCUGUUCAGGUGCGUUUCGGCUGCAUACAGUCAGUAUUUUUAAGGGUCUAGUUUUACAGUAACAGUAUUUUAUCAUUUCAUUGCCUGACAAUGGAUGUCUUGUCAGUGUUUUUAACCUCAGAUAAAAGAAAAAAUAGUUUUUUGUGCACUUAUUGACCAUUGUGAGCUCUCUCUCUCUCUCUUAUUCUUGGUGUGUAAGUGCAUUGAGAUCCCCUUUGUGGGACCUGUGUAUAGUCUUGCAGCAUUGGUUAUAACCUGAAGAAAUAACAAUGAUGAAAACGAAUGAAUUCAUAAUAAUGAAGAUAAUCUUAUACUAGGUUAAAAAAAAAAAAAGACAGUGAAUCUAGUUGUUGUUUGUGGCAUGGUUAUGCAUUCAAUGGUCAUAAUUUUAAUGAUUAAAACAAUACAAAAAAAAAAGAUCCAUUCUUUUCCACUGGCGCUGUUCUGCUGUUUUUGUUUUGUUUUCCACUUUUCAGUGUGCAGUAUUGCGGUUCCUGUUGCUAAUGGUGUUGCUAAGCUAUCUUGCUUGCUCAGUUGUUUACCACCAGAGCAAUAUAUUGUAGCAGUUUGAUGAAAUCAAGACAUAAACAAGAAACCCAUAGCCGCAAAAUUUCUGGCAUACAAAUGCAUGAAUCUAUGAUUGCAAGUCUUAAGUGAUAUGAUCAUGGUGUUCUUUAUUGUUUAUUCUAAUAAUGCGGAUUUGCAGAUGUGGUGUAAUGUAUUGCUCUGGCCAUCCAUUAUCCUGCAAGCACCUCUGCUCACGUCCUCUUCCUCAUUGUGGCUCUACGAUGACACCACAGCUCCCGAUCUCUCAUUCAGAUUCUAUUGACCAUAUGUGAAUUCUUAAAAAGUGACUCAUGUCUGAUUUCCUGUGUGCUUGAAACAACCUGCAUGUGUGUGCACACAAGAGUAACUGAUGCAUAAGUAAAGCUCCAUGUAACUAAGCAACAAGCACAGUCUGCCCAGCUCCCACUGCCAAAUCACCAUCUGUAAUGGAUGCUAACAAGGCAAAAUAAUAAUUCAGGCUGCCUCCAAAUGAUAUUUAGAGCUGCAGAAACACAUUUGAAGGUGGAGAAGAAUAAAGCCCGUAAGAUUCCUUUUGAAUUGGAUGUCCAGAAAUGGACCAGGUCUGAAAUACAUCUGAAAAUAUGUAGUUUUCAUUUGAGCAAACAUUUUAAAUUGGAUCAUCUUUGCCAGGUGGUGUAAAUGUAGCCAAAGCAUCCAAAAUCUAACUCAACGGCGGGAGAAGAUCUGACCGCUGUCACAAUCAGGGAGAGGAUGUGAGCAACUUGCUUUUCAUUAUGUCUCCUCAUUUACUCUCCAGCCCACGUCUCCUUGUAAAGAUGAAUAUGUGUAUUGACAUGUACUAAUCCUGCGUCCUUCUUGUCUACCCACUGACCACAGCUGAACAUGGACUCACUUUACCAUUCCACGAUCCUGACCUCACACACACGUUUGUGGCAGGAUUUAGAAAACUGACCAUGUCAGCGUUAAUAAAGCAUGAAAAUCAAAAACAUGAAAUCUGAUUUCUGACCCUCUGUGAGAGAGAUUUGAUCUGUUUUUGACUGUUUUUGCAGCUAUAAAAACCUCAGCUCUGUAUCACAGGAUGAAAAAUCAGAUCCUCUGUGCCUGAACACAUUCAGCUCUUGUCCAUCAUGAACUGAACCACAGAUCUAAAAGCUGAUGAUGUCAGUCUGUGAUCUUAAACUGACCAUCACGUUUCAGAUCCAUGCAUUAUGUCAGGUUGGACAUUUUGGACGUUGGGAGUAGUUUAUUCUUUUCUUUUUUUUCUGUUCCUCCAUAGUAUUCUAGACUUUUUGUACUCACUCUGGUUGCUUAGUAGCAGGCUUUAUCUGAUUCACUCCUCCAUUUUUGUACAUAUCUGUGCCAACAGCUUGGGCAGACAGUGGCUUUUUUAUUUGUAAAGACAUAAACUUGCUUGCAUAUAUAAAUAAAAUGAAAUAAUACACUUGUGUACUUGUUAAUAAGGGAA